GAAUGAUACGGAACAAAACAAACGUCACAGACGAAGGACGAGAAGCCCUGGAUAGUAGAUAUUGGUGUUGUGUGAUCGCCAUAUUCUUGUGUGUUUUUUAGGAGACUUUUACACAUCAUUUUAAAGUAAUAAUGAGCAUUGCUGAUUUACUGCAAGCUGCUGAAUAUUUAGAAAGACGCGAAAGGGAGGCAGAACAUGGAUAUGCUUCAACAAUGCCACAUCCAAACGAUCUCGCACGCAGACGACAAAAGUCAAAGAAGGCUCAGGGAAAUAGAACAACGCACAAUGAACUAGAAAAAAACAGGCGAGCUCACCUGCGGAACUGUCUGGAGAGACUUAAGGAGAUUGUACCUUUAGGCGCCGAGUCGAGUCGCCAUACAACGUUAGGUCUAUUGACCAAAGCCAAAUUAUUUAUUAAGAAUUUGGAAGAAAAGGAGAGGAAGCAACAGUCUCAGAAAGAUCAUUUACUAAGAGAACAGAGGUAUCUGAGGCGAAGGUUAGACCAGUUGGAGGACCCUAUAGAUAUCCACAAGCGUAGAAGUGUCAGCGAAUGUAGUAUGUCCACGUCCCUCUCUGCGAGCUCCCCCUCGGAAACAGAUGAGGUGGAUAUUCUGGGUUAUAACAGCAAUCAAAGUGACACGGAUGACCACAGUAGCAUCCAAAGUAUCACUAGUGAUGGUGGGGUCACCAUCAGUACCAAACGGUUGACAUUAGAGGAACCAGGAGCAGUAUCUGUCUAACACUGCCUACCCUGCUCAACCCAACCACCGAGAAUGACCUUUUCCCGACUUCAAGGUUACAAGUUGUGAUGAUUGGUUACUGUAAGAAUGAGAUCUCUGCCAUCCAGUAUUGUGAUGGUUUUUUUUUUUUGUGUGUGUGUGUGUGUGUUUUUUUUUUUUUCCCAAAAAGUUGUAUCUAUUUAUCCUUUUUGAACAUUGAGGGGAACAGGGUGGGCUCUCACAUCAUUUCAGGUGUCUGUAUCAAGAAUUUGAAGAAAUGUAUUUACUCUUCUAUGUGAUGUAAUCCCUUCUCUGGCUAACUCCAAGCGAGGAUGGAGAGGGUGUUCUUUGAAAGUGAAAUUUUGUGGCCACGUUUUAUUCAUAGAAUUUUUUUUAUAUAAACAUAGUUGUAACAGAUAAACAGAUGUAUAUUUAAUAUAAUUUUAAAAAUACUGCUGGAGCAGUGACCCUUGAAAUAUAUAUAAAAAAGAAAUGAACAUUUUAAAAGCUGUUUUGAAAUCAAUUCUGGCCAAAGGAUUUUUUUAAUGUAAUGUAUAAAUUACAAGCUGUAAAUGCUAAUGUUUGGAAAGUAUACAUAUAUUUUUUGUGUGUUACCCGUGAGUGAGUAAUUCUAAAAUUAUUUAUUUUAAAUGUAAAAUGUUUUGUUUUACUGCAUAUUGAUUUAUAUUUUGGCAGAUUGCCAAUGCCUUUUUUGGCUUUGUAUAUUCUGUAUUUUAAUACUCUGUGCUGACCAGCUCUGAAACCGAAAUGGUUUUAACCAAGAAAUUAAGAUCUCUUCAGAAGCAGUACUGUCAUCAUUAUACUGUAACUUUUUAUUCUUAAGAAUUCUCCUUUAACUCUCUCAUAAGUAAUGCUUCUUUCUAACAUUUCUUUUUUCCGUCUAGGCAUGUUCCUCUCGUUCUUUAAACUUGUACAUUUUGUGGUCGGGUAGCUUGGAUGAGCUUGAUUCCGUAUGUAAUUUUGAAAGGAAAACUAAAAUAAUUUUCCUUCAACAUUGAAAUUUGUAAUUACUUUUAAUGUAAAGUUUUUGUAAAUCCAGAUUUCAUGUUUAGAUAUAGAUAUUCUUUACAGUGCGUUUUGUUUUAAUGAAAUAAAAAAAAAAUUCCCCAGUUUUCAUAGUAACAUAUACUGAUAAAAAAUAAUGGUUUGGUCCAUGACCCAGAUCCCCAAAAUUUCCCAUCAGCACCACUUGGGUAUGUAAAAUCUACUGUUCAUUUUCUGAAAGGUCAGAGUUUGUAAUUUAUGAAAAUGCCUGGUGUGGACAUGUCAAGUAUGUAGAUUAGUGGUUGAAAUUCAUUGUGAUGGCAACCAAGCACUGUAUUUCAAAGAUGUAUCAAAAAGCAUAAAAUGGAAUAUCUGGGGCACUAUGAAAACUAUAUAUGUAAUUAAAGGAUUAUAUUGUAAUGUAUUAUGUUUCUGACUACUCGGUGAUCAUAAGAUCUUGGUAAUCAAUGUUCGAGAUCACUGGCUAAAAUGAAGAUCAAAGGGAAAAAUACAAUUUAUUUAGAUAAAAGAUCUGUUUGUUACAGAUUACUCAGAUGUGUAUUGUACAAAACUCUUAAAUGAUCAUAAACUUGAUAACAGCAUAGAAUGUUUACUUGGUUUAUAUUUUUUAUUCCUUAGCUGGCUGGAUUCAAUGUUUCCUUUUUUGGCAAAGAAUAGUUAGAAACUUAGUUCAUUUGCCAUUGUGAUAUCUGAUCCAGCUUCUGAAGUGAACAAAAAAGUGCCAGUGUUCCCUUGCUGUACUAGUGACUUUCAAAGAGUCUUGUGUUUUAUAAUCAGUUGUAAGUCCACCAGUUUAUCUCUUUUCCAACCAUACUCUCAGAGUAUAUACUGUGAAGGCAUGUAGUUGUAACAAGCUUUCACAUAUUUCUCAUCGGUUUGUUGACAUAACUAACAUAGAUUUGAUAAAUUGCCCGUAGAAAUCUAGGGCAGGAAUAAUACCAUCUGUAUCUCCAGAUACUACAAUAAUUGCAUCAUGGUUCUUUGAUGCAUUUUUUAAAUGUAACAGUAUUCUUGUAUCUGCCUUUUAUUAUGAUAUCAUCAGUUCAAAAAUUGGAAAUGCUUUUUCUCUGGUCAGCUUCCGACAAUCCUCCUGCCGCGUGACAUACAUGACUUUCUCUCCUAAUUUCUCUAAGUAAGGUAGGUUCUUCCAUUCAUUACAAAAAACUUGAUAAGAGCUAUCUUGAUGCUAGAACACCCUAGAAUGUACCUCCAUUGCACUAUGCUUUGGCCAGGUACAGUAUUGCUCACUAGCUCUCCAGAGCUGAAUCUUCUUUUUUAUUUUUGUGCAUUCUUAAUUGAAAUGUCCUUGAACACAUCAAACACUAAAUCUGUCCUGUUGCA